AUGGUAGUGUCAAACGAUGAUUUUAACAGACAAACUGGGUUAUCUUAUGAAUACAAGCAAUUGAAAAAUAAAUGGGAUCUUUUGAGAGGAGAAUGGAGAGCUUGGACAAAACUUAUUGAAAAAGAGACAGGUCUUGGAUGGGACAACACUAGGCAAACAGUUGCAGCAAGUGACGAGUGGUGGGCAGCCAAGAUUAUGGAGUGCCCUGAGGUUGCAAAGUUCAAAAAUAAGGGUCUAAGAAAUUUGUCUGAAAUGGAGAUCCUUUUUAAGGAUACUGUGGCAACUGGCCAUAAUGCAUGGGCACCAUCUGAGGACCUAAGAGAUGAUGGGGGAAGAGUUGAAGUAAAUAGUACAUUUGAUACACAAAUGACAGAUGAGCAUGACAUUCACGGUUUAGGAGUUGAAACUGAAGAAUGUGAAGAGAUUGGAGAACCAAGUCAAUCUAGUCAGGGGCCAAAAAGGAAGAGGGGAGGUAAUGAUAAUAGGAGAGGGGGUAUUGGUCACCGAAUCUGCGAGCAGUUUGAUCGUGUAAUUGAAAGCUUGAAUAGUGAUAAUUCUGUUACUGCUGAUAAAACAACUAAUGUCCCUACACUUGCUGAUUGCUUGGACAUGCUUAAAAAAUUGCCGGGAUUGGAGUACGGUAGUGAGACUCACAUACUUGGUAUUCGCUUGAUGAAAUCAAAAACAAAUAGGGAGACUUUUGUUCUAUUGGAUGACCCAGUUCUUCAGCUUAGUUAG